GCAGCCUGGAAGGCGGAGAGGGAGUUAGGCGCGGGACUGAGGAAAUCAGCCCUGGGAGGCCCCAAGCUGGGGCCGAGGCUGCUGUGGACGCUUAGGACCGAGGCGGCGCACUGAGCCCAAGAUGAGGGCGUCGGUGCUGCUGACCUGCUACUGCUGGCUGCUGAUGCCGGUGAGCAGCAUCCAUCCAGAAUGUCGCUUUCAUCUGGAAAUACAGAAAGAAGAGACGAAAUGUGCAGACCUUCUGAGCAGACAAACAGAAGAGCACAGAGGCUGCAGUGGUGUCUGGGACAACAUCACAUGCUGGCGCCCUGCAGACAUUGGGGAAACUGUCACGGUGCCCUGCCCCACAGUGUUCAGCAACUUCUACAGCAGACCAGGAAACAUAAGCAAAAACUGCACUCGUGAUGGGUGGUCGGAGACAUUUCCAGAUUUCAUAGAUGCAUGUGGCUACAGCGACCCGGAGGAUGAGAGUAAGAUCACGUUUUAUAUUCUGGUGAAGGCCAUUUAUACCUUGGGCUACAGUGUUUCUCUGAUGUCUCUUACAACAGGAAGCAUAAUUAUCUGCCUCUUCAGGAAGCUGCACUGCACCAGGAACUACAUCCACCUGAAUCUGUUCCUCUCCUUCAUGCUGAGAGCCAUCUCAGUGCUGGUCAAGGACAGUGUUCUCUACUCCAGCUCAGGUACACUGCGCUGCCAUGACCAGCCGGCCUCCUGGGUCGGCUGCAAGCUCAGCCUGGUAUUCUUCCAGUACUGUAUCAUGGCAAACUUCUACUGGCUUCUGGUGGAGGGUCUCUACCUGCACACCCUCCUGGUGGCCAUCCUUCCUCCCAGCAGGUGCUUCCUGGCCUAUCUUCUGAUUGGAUGGGGCAUCCCCAGUGUGUGUAUAGGCGCAUGGACAGCAACUCGCCUCUCUUUAGAAGACACAGGUUGUUGGGACACAAACGACCACAGCAUCCCCUGGUGGGUCAUUCGGAUACCAAUUCUAAUUUCUAUUGUAGUCAACUUUGCCCUCUUCAUCAGCAUUAUAAGGAUCUUACUUCAGAAGCUAACCUCCCCAGAUGUUGGUGGCAACGAUCAGUCACAGUACAAGAGGCUCGCCAAGUCCACACUGCUGCUAAUCCCACUGUUCGGCGUCCACUACAUGGUGUUCGCUGCCUUCCCCAUUGGCAUCUCCUCCACAUACCAGAUCCUGUUUGAGCUAUGUGUUGGGUCCUUCCAGGGCCUGGUGGUAGCAGUGCUAUACUGCUUCCUGAACAGUGAGGUACAGUGUGAACUGAAAAGAAGGUGGCGAGGCCUGUGCCUGACCCAACCUGGGAGCCGGGACUACCGGCUGCAUAGCUGGUCCAUGUCCCGGAAUGGCUCAGAAAGCGCCCUACAGAUACACCGUGGCUCCCGCACCCAGUCCUUCUUGCAGACAGAGACCUCGGUCAUUUAGCGGUGUCCCUCAAAUGGAACUGACAGUGCUGCCGGGUUUGACACAUGUGUUUGCUGGCUUCCUCUGCUGUUCCAGUGCCUGAUGCCUUCCUGGGUCAGCCCUGGUCCUCACUCUGAUCCUCAUGUGUAACUCAAUGGAAACACUAAGUAUUAUUGUCAGACUCCGGCCUUUUAAGCCAUCCUCUUCAUAACAUGGCUCAGCCACAUAGGCAGGUCUACUUUCAAAGACAGCAAGAAAGCCAAGUGGCCUUGAUCAUCAAAACUGGAGCCUGGUACCUCUGAAGAAGACAAGGAGGAAGUUUCUGGUUCCCUGCCUCCUGGCAGGGGAACCGGGUCCAGAACCAGCUGACCAUCACCGCCCUGUGGCACCCAGUGCAUGCCUGUGGAUGUCUAUGAAAUUCCUCCUCAAGCUAUGACCGACCAGGGAAACCAGCUGACAGCAGCCUUCUCGUCCCCAUGGCCUUGAGUUCUGUGCUGUGGGAUGGGCCUCUGCAUCUGGACAGAUACACCCUUGCUGCUCCCUGGACCAUUUGGUAGUGACCAAAGACAAGUCAGGGACAAUGUCCCUGCUUCAGUGGCCAAGCCAGGAGCUCAUAUCCUCCUGGUCACUUAGCAUCUGCUGCUUCCUACAGGUGAUGAGCAGCUCUGGAUUCCAGGCUGGCCCAUCAAGAUGGAGGCCCUGGUGACUUGUCCAUACAGCCCAGAGAUGUUCUCUAGGCAACAGAAAACUGUACUCUUUUUGAAGAAAGUCAGCAUCUUAACAUGGUUUAAAAAGAGAAUUAUUGUCUCAAGAUAUAAGAUGGCAUCAAGCACUCCUUUCCAAUAUUUGCCAAUAAUAAUCCUUGCUGCUCCUGUUAUUUUCGACUGUGGACAGGGAAGUUACAGCAUGGUGAAGGGGCAGCUGGAGAGUGAGAACGCCUGGCCCUGCAGUGCCCAGAGACCCUGAGAAACCGCCCUGGCCCUGUGCAAGGACCUGGUGUUCUGACACAGUCUAUGUAACCACACACACCCCACACACACACAUAUACAAACACAUACACACACACACACAUACACACAAACACACACACAUACACACACAAACACACAAACACACACAUACACACACAAACACACAUACACACACA